GUGCCUCGCGUCUGGGAGCUCUGAAGUGGUUGGAUUGAGGGUAAAGUGGGGCAAGAUGGCUGCGCACCUCUCCUAUGGGCGAGUGAACCUGAACGUGCUGCGCGAGGCGGUGCGUCGCGAGCUACGCGAGUUCCUGGACAAGUGCGCGGGAAGCAAGGCAAUAGUUUGGGAUGAGUAUCUCACAGGACCAUUUGGCCUGAUUGCACAGUAUUCACUACUGAAGGAACAUGAAGUAGAAAAAAUGUUCACACUUAAAGGAAGUCGUUUACCAGCAGCUGAUGUCAAGAAUAUUAUUUUUUUUGUCAGACCCAGGCUAGAAUUGAUGGAUAUAAUUGCUGAAAAUGUGCUCAGUGAAGACAGACAUGGCCCAGCAAGAGAUUUCCACAUUUUGUUUGUGCCACGACGUAGUUUAUUGUGCGAACAGCGGUUGAAGGAUCUGGGUGUUUUGGGAUCCUUUAUCCAUAGAGAGGAGUACAGCCUAGACCUCAUUCCAUUUGAUGGGGACCUUUUAUCCAUGGAAUCAGAGGGUGCCUUCAAAGAGUGCUACCUGGAGAGCGACCAGACGAGCCUCUAUCACGCAGCCAAGGGGCUCAUGACCCUGCAGGCCCUGUACGGGACGAUCCCACAGAUCUUUGGGAAAGGAGACUGCGCCCGGCAAGUGGCCAAUAUGAUGAUCAGGAUGAAGAGAGAGUUCACAGGAAGCCAAAAUUCAAUAUUUCCGGUGUUUGAUAAUCUGUUGUUGCUUGAUCGAAACGUGGAUUUAUUAACUCCUCUUGCCACUCAGCUUACGUACGAAGGACUCAUCGAUGAAAUUUAUGGCAUUCAAAACAGUUAUGUGAAAUUACCCCCAGAGAAAUUUGCACCUAAAAAGCAGGGUGAUGGUGGUAAGGAUCUUCCCACAGAAGCAAAGAAGCUUCAGCUGAACUCUGCAGAGGAGCUGUAUGCUGAGAUCCGAGAUAAAAACUUCAAUGCGGUGGGCUCUGUGCUUAGCAAGAAAGCAAAGGUGAUCUCUGCAGCAUUUGAGGAAAGGCACAACGCUAAGACAGUUGGGGAGAUCAAGCAGUUUGUUUCUCAGUUGCCCCACAUGCAGGCAGCAAGAGGCUCACUUGCAAACCAUACCUCGAUUGCAGAGUUAAUCAAAGAUGUUACUACUUCUGAAGACUUCUUUGAUAAAUUAACAGUGGAGCAGGAGUUUAUGUCUGGAAUAGACACUGAUAAGGUCAACAGUUACAUUGAGGAUUGUAUCGCCCAAAAGCAUCCUCUCAUCAAGGUGUUAAGACUAGUUUGCCUCCAAUCUGUGUGUAAUAGUGGACUCAAACAGAAAGUCUUGGAUUAUUACAAAAGAGAAAUUCUCCAGACCUAUGGCUAUGAGCACAUACUGACCUUAUCCAACCUAGAGAAGGCUGGCCUCCUGAAACCACAGGCAGGGGGCAGAAACAAUUACCCAACAAUCCGGAAAACAUUACGCCUCUGGAUGGAUGAUGUAAACGAACAAAAUCCCACGGACAUAUCCUAUGUGUACAGUGGUUAUGCACCUCUAAGCGUGCGGCUUGCCCAGCUGCUUUCCCGGCCUGGCUGGCGAAGCAUCGAGGAAGUUCUCCGCAUACUCCCCGGGCCCCACUUCGAAGAGCGACAGCCACUGCCCACGGGACUGCAGAAGAAGCGUCAGCCUGGAGAAAACCGAGUCGCUCUGAUAUUUUUCCUCGGGGGCGUAACUUUUGCCGAAAUUGCUGCGCUGCGGUUUCUCUCGCAGUUGGAAGAUGGAGGUACAGAAUAUGUAAUUGCCACCACUAAACUCAUGAAUGGGACCAGCUGGAUAGAGUCUCUAAUGGAAAAACCUUUCUAGGGCAUUCAGUGUAGACUUAACCACUGAACUGCAGAAUAAACUGCCCCUUUGAAGAAGUUACUGAAGGAAGUGAAACCCCACAGAAGAAAAACACAGGAAUACAGAAUUUCCUUUGGGGUCAAUUCUGAGUUGAUACUGUUUUCUCCUUUCUGCUUCUCUUUUGUGAAACUAAUUUCUCGAAGAAAGAAUGGAAGAUCGACCCGGGCAAAAGAAAGGGCAGUUUUUAAUGUUCUGAGCUCCAGAUCGUCAUUAGAGACCUGGAACCUGUUAAGGGCGGCAGACAUGGAUAAUCUAUGCAGGCGCACAAAACGGGGCCAGUUCUUGAGGAGGAAGGACCAAGGAGGCACAAGUGAAAAGAAAAGUGUGAAGCCCCACCCCUGAUCAAUAGUGCUGUGUUUCCGGAAGCCGUGGGUAAGCGUUGGGGGCUAGGGCUGCCGUUAGCACUGAGUCAAGAUUUCGUUUUCCUGCACAGUAUGGUACAUUAUAUUUAGUGUCUCUGGUUUCUGCCAUAUCUUAAGCAUUAAGGCAAGUUUUAAUUCCUCUGCUUCUUUAAAGCAAGAAGUUUGAAGCCACGUCUUUUCCCAAAACAAAGUUUAUCAUCUGUCUUAACAGCUGAAUCCAUGUGGGUCCCAUACUUAUCAAGGGCUUUUACAUUGAGGAACAUGAUAACUGGGGAAUAGCUUCUGGACAAUUUUCUUGGACACUUUUCAAAGAUACUUUCUUGGUGCACAUGUUACUCACUCCAAGACAUUGCAGUGCAUGUGGAUGCCUCCACUGAAGGCUCCGUUUUCUUCCCUGCCCAUGAUGGGCCCCACCGCCAGCUGGUCCACUGUGAGCAGUAGUGACUCUUGCCCCUUCAGACCUUGCAACUCCAACUCCACGGUGACUGCCACUUGUACUGCUCUGUAGUCUGAGGCCAGUCCAUAUUCAGCCUCUUGCAUUUGGUUUGCUUGAGAACACCCAGCUGUUUCAGUCCCUGGCCUGGUGACCUCGGCAUCCCCUAGUGCAGCUUGUUGGUGUCCUUGGAGUCCAGCAGUCACAGCUGUUUUUUCUACAGGAGACUGUUAGGCCAUGGGAGAGGGGACCAGGUGUGGUGGGGAAGUUGGAAGUCCAUGUGUUCCUUGCCUCCCUUCUGCUGCUCCACCCCAGCAUCUGGAGGAGUUAAGGCCAAGAAAGUGGCCAAAUUGAUGUCUGCACAGCCCUUACCCAAGUCUCCAGCAGAAUUAGCUGGUCCCCCCUCUUUGCUGGGGUGUCAGCAUCCCUCCCCAGGUCUGGUUUUGGUUGCUAAUUAGUAACCAUACAUGUUUUGUCUUGACUUGUCAUCAGUGAAAUUCUGUUGGGACAUUUCAUGUUAUGAGUAAAAAAAUUCUGUGUUUCAAAAAAAUGAUGGGUAGAAGAGGUAAUUUUUAAGAGAUUUGCUUCUCAUUGGUUUAAUUUGGCCUUGACAUCCAGUAUUUGGAAGUAGUCUUAAAAAAGCUAUCAUGUUUUAGAAAAUGCUUUCUUAGACACUUGUUUUCCCAGGGAGAUCCCAGGAGAGAAGUUUAUACCUCCCAGCCCCAGCAGCUGUCAGCCUCAGCUGCCUUAGAGAAUGAAAACCAAGUUAUCCCUCAAUGUUUUUGGCUCAUGGGAUUCAAUUCAAGUCCAGUCAAGUUUCCUUGGCUGAGGUUUUUGUCUUAUGAAUAGAUACUCAGUUGUGUCUCAUGUGUCUAUAUUCACUCAUGACUCUAUACUUGCUUGCUCAGAGCAUAGUUAGGUCAGCUCCUAAAAUGCAUUCUGCAGAAGACUGAGAAACAUCUAUUGUUUCAUUUGUAUGCAAAUAGAAAGUGGUGAAUAAUUAUAUAUUAUACUCCUAUGUAAGUCCAUUUAGUACUUGAAGCAGUCUUUGACUCAAAGAGGUAUGCUCUUACUGAGAAAGGGUAUGUGAAUGGUACAUUUAUUCUUGGAGAUCUUAGAGAGGGUGGAUUGCUUACAUCUUGUCUGGACUUUUGUUGGCUGGGUAGACAGUCCUGCUGUGCCAGCAGUCCCAUAAAGAAGUCUGCAAAUAAAGAAGUCUACAUAGAGACUAUAAACUUUUGAAUUUUAGCCACCAGAGAAAUAAGAAACUGUAGUUUAACUGUGGAGCAUGAAAGCAAUGGUUAAAAGGAGGAGGAUUAAAAACAGCACAUUUCAGUCUUGAAGAGAACUGGAAAGGGAGGCCUAUGUCACUUCCCGCUGGUACCGCCCUCACUGGGGACGGAGUGCGGCAGUCAUGACGUGCUGGUCUGUGUCUUGUCCUCGGUCGGAUGUUAAAGACUGGCCUGUCACCUGGAGGAAGUGUUUGUAUUCAGAAGAGUUGAAUUCAAGAAGAAAUGUUUUAAAUACCGAAAUGAACGGAGUGUCUAAAGCAGACAGCAAGAGGCACAGUGAUGAAAAUGACCAAGCACAGAACCACAGCCUCACACAGACUAGGAACUACUAAGGGAAUUUGUGAAUUUGUGAAUUAUACUUCGGCUGAUGUAUUUGUCCAGGCAUUUGUGGUUUAGUGACGACAUACUGUAGAAAAUAGAGAAUGCCUUUUUGUCAGCUGAUAAAUGGAGAAAAAGUCAGGAAUGUAAAAUUUCUCAUAUGCUCUUAUUUCUGAAUGAAUGCAUGUGAACUCCAAGCCA